AUGGCACCAAAACCGACCUACGUGCCUCCUCCAGGCCUGCGAACACAGUUGGACGACUUUAAGGAUGUCGUGAACCGCAAAUAUGGCCUGCACCUUGAAAGCUAUGCCGACUUGCAUCGAUUCUCGGUGACGCGGCUGAACGAUUUCUGGAUGACGGUCUGGGAGUUUGCGGGCGUCAAAGCAUCCGUCCACCCUUCCAAGGCGAUAGAGGAUGACAAUGCUGUCAUUGACGAGUUCCCGAGUUUCUUCAAAGGCGCUCGAUUGAACCUGGCCGAGAAUCUCCUGGAUCCCAAGUUCCAUGGCCUGGCCGUCGUCGGCAUGAACGAGAGCAACUUCUCGUCGCCGGACGAGUAUUCAUGGCAUGACCUUCGGGAACUCGUGAGACACUAUGCCGCCGCUCUCAAAUCAUCUGGCCUUCAGAAACAGGAAGUCGUGGCGUUGGUUGGUUCCAACUGUAUCCGAUCGCUCGCAUUGCUCCUCGCUACCACCGCGUUAGGGGGCAUUUUUGCCUCGUUCGCAACCGACAUGGGCUCCAAGCUACUGAGUGACCGGCUUCAAUUGUUGCAACCGCGUCUUCUGUUUGCCGAGUCGACGUAUGUGUACAAUGGCAAAUGCCAUGAUAUAUCUGACAAGCUCGAUCUGUCGAUACAGCAUCUUCAAGAAGGCGGCAGGAAUAGGACCAUCAUCAUCAUCGGUCCCAGACAGGGCCUCAAGUCGGAAACCCUGCCCUUUGAGGAUUUCCUGGCCCGUGACACCGGUGCACGGCUGGACUUUGUCCAAGUCCCCUUCAACACUCCCGCCGUCAUCAUGUUCUCGUCUGGAACGACGGGGACUCCAAAGGGCAUUGUCCACUCACACGGGGGUCUCGUCGUGAACGGUCGGAAAGAAUAUAAUCUGCACAACAACUUUGGCCCUGGCGAUUUGUUCUAUCAGUACACGAACAUUGGGUGGACCUUGUGGAAUAUCUCGGUCCACGCGCUGUUUGUCGGCGCGGCCGUCAUCUUGUACGACGGCAGUCCGUUCUACCCAUCGCCUGAAGGGUUCUUGAAGGCGUUGUUUCGUCUCAAGGUUACAUGCUUUGGCGCCGGUCCUCGUUACUACGCCGAGCUUCAAAAAGCCUCGGUGAAGCCAAGAAACUAUUGUCGGAGCCUUCACUCCAUCAUCUCCACUGGAGCCGUCCUCACCCCCGCCCUUGCAGAAUGGCUCGUCGAAGCGUUCGGCCCCGUCUGCCAGCUCUGCAUGUCCGGCGGCACCGAGAUCUCCGGCUCAUUCCUGCAAGGGUCCCGCUCUCUCCCGUCGUACGCGGGAGAGUUGGCGGUGAGGGGCCUCGGCAUGGACGUGGCAGUGUUUGGCGUCGACGGCCGAGAACUGCCCGACGGCGAGAGCGGCGAGUUGGUCUGUCGGAAACCGUUUCCCAACAUGCCGGCCAUGUUCUGGGACGACCCUGGCCGGAAGAGGUACCACGCCUCCUACUUUGAGCGGUUCCCACAUGUGUGGACACACGGCGAUUUCAUCCGCGUCAACCCUGCGACAAAAGGCAUCUAUGUCCUUGGCCGAAGUGACGGGGUCCUCAACCCCUCCGGCGUGCGCUUCGGCAGCGCUGAGAUCUACAAUCUCCUCGGCUCGCCCCGGUUCCGCGAUUCGAUCGCCGACGCCCUGGUCGUCGGACAGCAGCGUCUCUCAGCCCCCUACGCGGACUCGGCCGAGAAAGUCGUGUUGUUCAUCAAAUGCCACGCGGCGGCAUCGACGGGCUCACCCCCCCGGGUCCGCGCGGACCUCGACGCCGCCAUCCGCGCGCAGAUCGCGCGGGACCUGAGUCGGCGACACGUGCCGACGCACAUCUUCGAGACCGACGUCGUGCCCUACAACGCCAACGGGAAGAAACUCGAGAUCCAGGUCAAGGCCGUCCUGUGCGAAGGGGAGGCCGCUCUGCGCAGGCUGAAGCUCACGGCGGACGAGGUCCGGCAGCUGCGUGUCUACGUGCCCUUUUAUCAGAUGGAGAAGGUCGUCGCGCAGCUUUCCCAGCAAGUCGGCACGGGGGCGAAAUUGUGA